AUGUGUACAUUGAAACUAGGUCGAUAUUUUGCAUUUAUAUUCAUUUGUUUUGCAAUCAUUCAUGGCUUUGUAGUUGGCUCUUCUUAUGAUAUCCAAUCAACAUUAGGAUGUGUUCUAUCGAAUUAUGAAUGGGUUCAGUAUUCAACAUUUUUCUAUUAUCCAAUUUUAGUUGGUUUUCUACCUAUUGUUAUUGCAUCAUCAUUUAGUAUCUUAGCUUACCAUAAUGUUCGUCAUAUAGUCCGACGACAAUUACCAAUUGUUCGUCGUAAAUUAGACAAACAAAUAACAGCAAUGGUUCUUAUGCGUGUAAUAGCCUAUGUUUGCUUGGUAUUACUUUAUAUUACUUACCGAAUCUAUGUGACUAAUUUUCCUACAUCACGAAGUGUGCCUAUGGCAUAUGCAAUUAGUCGAUUGAUUCAAGCAAUUGUUAUUUCUAUCUACAUUAUAAAUUAUAUGAUCAACUUUUAUAUAUUCAUAAUAUUCUCAUCACGUUUUCGUCGUCAAGUGAAAUUUGUUCUAGUAAAAAAAUGUUGGCAACGAUGGAGAUAUUGGUGUUGCUUCAUAAAUAAUCGAACUGAACCUGACAACAAUAUCGAACAACGCAGUUCACAAAUAGAAUCUGUUGAAAAUAUGUAA